AACCCAGGAAAGGAUCGUGACGCCAGGAGCAAGGACAUCAGGAGCAAGGACGAUUGUGACAUCAAGAGCAUAAUUUGAAAAAUCUCUGGAGAAGCCUCGAUUGUUGAAAAUAGCCUUUAAAUCUAUUAAAGAUAAUCUGUUGACAAUCUGUUUCUUCCAAGACUGUCUGGAAUCAGAAGAACCUCAAACAGCCAUUUUCCCUGAGAAGAGGGGAGCUUGCUUCAACCCCUUCCUUCCUCCUGCUACAGCCUUCUGACUUCCGGUUGGCCAGAAAAUAUGGUUGGCUGUGGCAGUCAGCCUGUAUAUUUCUCCUCCAGGGUUGGGCAAUGGGCUUAGGGUAGCGCCUGGACAACCAGAAGACACAAUCAUUUAACUGGCGGUGCCAAUCAUGGAAGAGAGCAGCAGCAGGGCGGAGGGGCUGAAGCAAGCUCCCUUCUCUUCAGAGAACAUGGCGCUCUCUCUCUCCCUCCUUCUGAUUAAUCUGACUUUUGGUUUCCAAACCUGGCCUCCCGUCCUGGCUGGAGAAAGAAGAAAGACUCCUUGACGGGGGCUCCAAGGAAGGAGAGAGAUGUGCAGGGAAUUGUGCUUCAACAACAACACACUUCCGGGACCAAGUUCGCCCAGCCUGCUCUAGGGAUCAACAAGACCAGAUUCCUAGAGAGGCCCCUAAAAGCAAAAGCUGUGAGCAGGUGCCCGGUUUCCGGCCACUCAGUCGGAAGGAACCUUUGUUGCUCAUCCUAUAUGCGGCAUUUAGCAGCAGCGGUGUCUCCUUGCUAAGGAAGCCGGGCAGCGCAAAGGUCUAAGGAGUCCCAGCUGUUUUUGUUGGCCCCUGCCUGAAGGCAUAGGUGCCAUUAGAGGACAGGCUGAAAUGGAACAGCAAGACUCAGCUGGCCCUGGAGCAGUGAAUGGCCAUGAGGUGGGAAGCACUGAGGAAUUCAGCACUGAGGAAUUCAUCUUGCCCACAGGCAAGAUGCUAGGAGAGGACAUCAGUUCAGAUGCAGGGCGCCAGCACUUCAGGCAGUUCUGCUACCAAGAGGCCAAGGGCCCCCGAGAGGUUUGCAGCCGACUCCACAGCCUUUGCCAUCAGUGGUUGAAGCCAGAGAGAUGCACAAAAGCUCAGAUGCUGGACCUGGUGAUCCUGGAGCAGUUCCUAAGCAUCCUGCCCCCAGAGAUGGAGAGCUGGGUGAGAGAAUGCGGAGCGGAGACCAGUUCCCAGGCAGUAGCCCUGGCAGAAGGUUUCCUCCUCAGCCAGGCACAGGCCAAGAAGCUGGAAGAGGAACAGGUGGAUGGACUGGCAGUAGGAAUGACUGCUGAUCUCUCUGAGGUAGAGAAGGCUCAGCUGGAUGUUGGACAGAGGCCGCCUUUCACAUGGAUUGUGCAGGAGGGUGACCGAAUAGCCCCCUUGCUGGGCAAUGGAAAGACCUUGGUGCUUUGCUCCGGGCCUUCUCCUCUCUGUGGCGGAGGGGAUGCAGUUGCUGUGCCAUCACUAAAUCAGGAUUCAUGCCUGACCUAUGAGGAGAAGUUGUUAUUAUUUCAGGAUCGUUUGACAUUGGAUGAGGUGGCUGUGUGCUUCACGGAGGAGGAAUGGGCUCUGCUGGAUCCUGCCCAAAGGGCUCUGCACAAGGAAGUCAUGGUGGAGAAUUCUGGGCAUCUGGCCUCUCUGGGUGAUGAGAGGGAAAUACAGAAGGGGAAACUGGAAGCAAACCAGAAUUGGAGAGAGAAAUCUAUUGCUUCUAAAGGGGCAGACUUGCAUGAAAUUUCUGUCCUAAAAGAAUGUCAUGAAGAUAACGGAAUGAAUACGAUCCUUCCGCACGCAAAAAUCUUAACUAGGAAAUCAAGUGUUAGCAUGGAUCAAGGAAUCUACACAGGGGAGAAGCCAUAUAGAUGUUUAAUGUGUGCAAAGAGCUUCAGCCAGAGCACAAAUCUUGUUGUGCAUCAAAGAGUCCACACAGAGGAGAAGCCAUUUAAAUGCUCAGAGUGUGGAAAGGGCUACAAGCAUAGCACAGAUCUUACUAAGCAUAAAAAAAUGCACACAGGGCAGAAACCAUAUGGUUGCUCAGUGUGUGGAAAGAGCUUCACCCUGAACUCAAGGCUUUUUUACCAUCAAAGAGUCCACAUAGCAGAGAAGCCAUACAAGUGCUCACUGUGUGGAAGGAGCUACUGCCAGAGCACAGGCCUUGCUCAGCAUCAAAGAAUCCAUACAGGGGAGAAACCAUAUAGAUGCUUAGUGUGUGGAAAGAGCUUCACCCGGAACUCAACACUUUCUUGCCAUCAAGGAAUCCACACAGGAGAGAAACCAUAUCUCUGCUCAGUGUGUGGAAAGAGCUUCAGGACAACCUCUCACCUUACUUCUCAUGAAAGAACUCACUCGGAGGAAAAGCCAUAUAAAUGCCUGCUGUGUGGACAGAGCUUUAAGCAGAACUCAAACCUUACUCGACAUAAAAAGAGUCACUCAGGGAGAAACCUUAUCGAUGCUCAGAGAGUGGAAAUAUUUUCAUUUGGAGCUCAAGACUUAUUGACCAUCAGAGAUUCCACACAAGGGGAAAACCACAUCAGUGCUCAAUGUGUGGGAAGUGCUUCAGCUGCAGCUCAAACCAUAAUGGACAUCUACUGCAGCAUCAAUGAGCAGCUGCCUUGCAAGGGAGUGGUGAGUGCCAAGGGACUUAGGCGGCCCACCUGUUUAGUCAGCCCCUGCCUUAAGAUGGAGACUCUGUUAGAGGACAGGCGGAAAAUGGAAGAGCAGGACCUGGCCAGCUCUAAAGCAGAAAAAGCCCCUGAUGCAGUUGAGGUGAGGGGCACUGGAGGAAGAUCUGUGGAGAAAACUGCUGGACAAGAUGCUUCUAGCUCAGAUGCACAGCGCCGGUGCUUCAGGCAGUUCUGCUACCAGCAGGCCGAGGGCCCCCGAGAGGUUUGCAGCCGACUCCACAGCCUUUGUCACCAGUGGCUGGAGCCAGAAAGACACACGAAAGCUCAGAUCCUGGACCUGGUGAUCCUGGAGCAGUUCCUGGCCAUCCUGCCCCCGGAGAUGGAGAGCUGGGUGAGAGAAUGUGGAGUGGAGACCAGUUCUCAGGCAGUGGCCCUGGCAGAAGGUUUCCUCUUGAGCCAGGCAGCGUACAGGAAAAAGGAAGAGCAGCAGGUGCAGGGACUGUCAGCAGAAGUGGCCACUGAUCUCUUUGAGGCAGAGAUGGCUCUGUUGGAUGUUAGACAGAGGCCGCUCUUCAGGUGGAUUGUGCAGGAGGGUGACCGAGGUGCCACCUCACUGGGCCUUGGAAAGAUCCUGGUGCCUCACUCCAAGCCUUCUCCUCCUCUCUGUGGCGGAAGGGAUGCCAUUGCUGUACUGUCACUGAAGCAGGCUCCACUGACUUUUGAGGAGGUGGCUGUGUACUUCACGGAGGAGGAAUGGGCUCUGCUGGAUGCUGCCCAAAGGGCUCUGCACAAGGAAGUCAUGGAGGAGAAUUCUGGGCUUCUGGCCUUCCUGGGUGAUGGGAGUGAGAAAGAGGAUGAAAAGCAGACGAGAGAACUUGAAGUAAACCAAAAGUGGAGGAAGAAAUCCACUGAUCUCCAGGUGGAGGACUUGCAUGGAAUUCCAGUCCAAGAAGAAUGUGAUAAAGGAAACGCAAGUAAUACGAUCCCUGAACAUGCACACAUCUUAACUGGUAAAUCGAGCCUUAGCAUGCAUCAAAGAAGCUUCACGGAUGAGAAACCAUAUGUGUGCUUGGAAUGCGGAAAGCGAUUCAGUUACAGCUCCAGCCUUGCUAACCAUCAAAGUAUCCACACAGGAGAGAAACCAUACAUGUGUUUAGAGUGUGGAAAGAGCUUCAGUCGGAGCACAAAUCUUACUCGGCAUCAAAGAAGCCAUACAGGGGAAAAACCAUAUAAAUGCUCACAGUGUGGGAAGAGCUUCAACCGCAGCACAAACCUCAAUCGACAUCAAAGAAGCCACUCGGGGGAGAAACCAUAUAAAUGCUCAGAGUGCGGAAAGAGCUUCAGCCAUGGAUCGAGCCUUUCUUACCACCAAAGAAGCCACACAGGAGGGAAACUAUAUCCGUGCUCCGUGUGUGGAAGGAACUUUACCCACAGCUCAAGCCUUUUUUACCAUCAAGUACUUCACACGGGGGAGAAGCCAUAUAAAUGUUCACAGUGUGGGAAGAGCUUCAGCCGGAACACACAUCUUAGAUCACACGAAACAAUCCAUACAGGGGAGAAACCAUAUCAGUGUCCAGAGUGUGGAAAGAGCUUCAGUUGUAGCAGAAAUCUCACUUUCCAUCAGAGAAUCCACACAGGAGAGAAGCCAUUUAAAUGCUCAGACUGUGGAAAGCAUUUUAGUUUGAGCCAUAGCCUUACUGUCCAUCAGAGAAUCCACACUGGCGAGAAGCCUUAUAUAUGCUCAGAGUGUGGAAAGAGCUUCAGCCAGAGCACACAUCUCAGGUCACAUGAGAGAAUCCACACAGGGGAGAAACCGUAUUUGUGCUCUGUGUGUGGAAAGAGGUUCACUUGUACCAGAAACCUUACUAAACAUCAAAUAAUGCACAUAGGUGAGAAAAAAUAUGAAUGUUCAGAGUGCGGAAAGAGAUUCAGCCAAAGCUCAACCCUUACUUGCCAUCAAAGAAUCCACACAGGGGAGAAACCAUAUCGUUGCUCAGAGUGUGGAAAGAGCUUCAGCCAGAGUGCAAGCCUUAGUAAUCAUCAAAGACUCCACACAGGGGAGAAACCAUAUCAGUGUUCAGAGUGUGGAAAGAGCUUCAGCCGACGUGCAGAUGUUGCUUCCCAUCAAAGAAUCCACACAGGGGAGAAACCAUAUAAAUGCAUGGAGUGCGGAAAGAGCUUCCGUCAGCAUUCAAACCUGAUGACCCAUCAAAGAAUCCACACAGGAGAUAAACCUUAUACAUGCUCAGAAUGUGGGAAGAACUUCUGUUCCAGAAAAAGCCUUACUUUGCAUCAAAGAAUCCAUACGGGGGAGAAACCAUAUCAGUGCUCAGUAUGUGGAAAGAGCUUAUGUUGCAGAAAAAGUCUUGCUUAUCAUCAAAGAAUCCAUACAGGAGAAAAACCAUAUAAGUGUUCAGAAUGUGGGAAUAAUUUCCGUUGCAGGAAAAGCCUUACUUCUCAUCAAAGAACCCACACAGGGGAAGAAACCAUAUAAAUGCUUGUAAUGUGGGAAAAGCUUACUUCCCAAAAAUGACACAUAGGAAAAAACUCUAGCCAGAACUCAGGCCUUACUUCCCAUCAAAGAGUACACAUGGGAAAUAAGCUAUAUAAAUGCUCCUUGAGGAAAACUCCUUACUUUUCAUCACAUGUAGUCACAUCACACUACUGCUCACAUGUAGUCUCCCAUUCAAAUACAACCAGGGUGGACCCUGCUUUGCAAAGGGGAAAAUUCAUGCUUGCUACCACAAGACCAGCUCUCCUUUCUCUCAUUUAAUAUGACACAUAUUUUUUUAAAGUAUCUGUUAUUUAUUUUGAAGAGUUUGUGUUUGUGGAUUUGUUUGUGCAAAAUAAAGUCACACUUUCCAAUUACCUACAGAUACAAAUUUGUACAUAAACAGUCCUGCCACUUAAAGUAGCUGAAUGCACUACUUUUAUACCAAAAUAUGCUGGGAGGAAAGCUAUAGAUAACUUUUGUAGUGUAAAAUGACUGCCCGGUCAACGAUGGGCGUCACCCUCUAGUUUUUAUAAUUUUCAAAUCUUAAAAAGCCUUAAAAGGUGCUUACAAUUUUCAGUCGUGCUCAAAAAAUAUUUUGCAAGUUAAGAAAAGAAGUGUCUGUUGUAGAUAUUGAGGAUAAAAGCACUCCUUUCUUUUAAUUUGGCUCUGACCUAGAAAAUGAUGACCUCCUUACCUUGGGUCCUUUUCACCUGAAAUUUUGUAUUUUUAUGAAUCAGAUGCUUUUGUAGAUGUAGUAGUUCUCUGUUCCUCAACAAGAACUAGUGAAGGGAUGUACAUCUACAUGAAAGAAGUUAAUUACAUAUCUAGGGAUACAACAGAACAAAAGCAGCCUGUGAAUAAAGCUAUACAUGAGAGCAUGUUUUUGGCUUUAGAAAUACUACAACAAUUUAUAUACCGCUUUUCAACAGAAGUCCCCCAAAGCGGUUUAUAUAGAUAUAAAUAAAAUGACUCCAAGUCUUUGGAGGGUUCACUAUCUAAAGGAACAUAAAAUAGACACCAGCAACAGCCACUGGAGGGAUGCAGUGCAUAUUCUUAGUUAGCAGGGGAAGAGGAGGACAUGAUUGGAUGUGUUUUUCUGUUCUGCACAAUUGUGCUAAAAGAGUGCAAGCCCAUCUCGAGGCAAAAACAGCUUCAGACUCUUCAUCUGACUCUGGGCAGCUUGUGAGAAACUGUGGGUAGGCCUCUGAGCGAGGACUAAGUUUCUUGAAAUUCUUUUCUCUGUGAAAUCCUUAGUAUUGAUGACAAUACUGAUGUUUUGUGCUUUCUCUGUGUUCUGUAUAUACUUGAAGUUAUAUCAGUAAACAAACUUCUUAAAAGGAA